AUCAUCCCAUUAUUAUAUGCUUAAAUGAAAAUUAACAUCGAGCUCAUGGUAAACCAUUUUCCUAUUGUCAUCAUCUCUUUUUUGUCUUUUUCUUGGUUUGCUUUGUUGCAAUAAUUGGGCUGGUCUUCUGUAAAAGAAGACAAGCACCCAAAGAAAAAGAAAUGCGGCCGAAGCUUAGACUACGUCAUGUAGCCUAGCCCAAAAUAACAAAAAUAAUUGAAAAUUAGGAUCGUGGCUACGGCCACAUGCUUUAUGUUAGAAAAAUGAAGUUUCACCUUAUAUUUUUUUCUAGGCAAGAGCCCCUUUUCAAACUAUUUGAAAUUCCCAACAACAGAUAAAAGGUAGAUAGAAACAUCAAACAUAGCAACAGGGUUCGGUCGGGAGAGAGAACAGCAUUACCCUGUCAUUUAAAACCUUUGUUGGGCAACUCGUAACUAGCGGCCAAGUUUGCCAGCAUCUUCGGCUCCAAACCACAAAGAAUUUCCACAGCCUUAAUAGUUUAGACUAGUCAAGUCCUCUCUGACUCACUGUUUCGCCUAACCAAUUGUCUCCUCGAGCUCAAUAUAAAUAUCCCACUUUGUAUUGCGGGGAUUUGAAAAUAACUGUAACGAAUAAGAUUGGUUAUUGUAAUGAAAAAAAAUUAAAACGAAUGCAGAAUCUAAAAGCUAUCCUUUAUUUCCUUUGAUGGUGGUAAGUGAUAUUGAUAGUAAACUAAUUCCCCUACGCGCAGGGAGAAGGUUACUUCAUGUUUAACCCAUUGUAAUGCAAGACAAGUAGACAGCAAAUUGCUGGAAAAUAGACUUGUCCUAGCGCGUGCAAACAUAUUGUUUUAAGCCUUGCCCAAUGCCCAUUGCCGUUUGCCCCCCACUUUCAAAUGCAAAUCCCGCCAUCUCUCACUCUCUUUCCAACUUCCCUUUUGCACUCUUUCACUAUCAACCCCCACAUUCAAAUUUUUCUCCUUUUGGACUUUGGUGGCGCUUUGCUUUUUCUUUGUGAUGAAAACUGUUCCUUUUUGCAAAAUUGUAAGCUAAAGUUACUCAACAAACCCAAAUCAUUCUUAGUGUUUUCCCUCCUCUUUCCUUAGUUGUUUACUUACUUUUACAAUAUGAAGUUGUUGUCUUCUUCUCCUUCCAUUUCUUAUUCUUCUUCUUCUUCUUCAACUGUCUCUUUUGAUCUCAAAAUGUGCACUUCAAAAAGUGCAACGGGUGGUUGCCUUGCAGGGAUUUUACGUCGAAUUCUUUGUUUCCGGAGUCUCCCAACACACCCUUCUGAUCACGUUACUGAGGCUGAUUCAGUAGCAAGUCAUAAGAAGCAACGAGUCAAUGCUGUCGACAAGCUUGAUGAUGCUUCCAAGGUCACACCAGGGAUUGUAGCAAGGCUAAUGGGGUUGGAUUCCUUACCUGAAAUCAGCUUGCUUAAGACACAAGCAAAUCCAAAUUCAAUUACAAGAAGCCGGUCAAUGAAUUCAGCUGAUUACAAGCAAGAUACUGAUACAAUCCAUGGGAAGCAUAGGCGAGUGAACUCUACAUUGUCUUUCCGCGAUAUGCCUACCUACUUCGAGCUAGAAAAUGACGAAUUUUUUGUGCUUAGCUUUGAGAAGGGAAGUGAAGCGAAAGAGAUGAGAUCAAAACGAAGGAAAUGCAAAGGAAGCAGUGGAGAAUUGAAGCAAAGAAAAGAAGAGAAGGAAAAUAGUGUAGAGACGGUUCCGGAGAAACAGAAUAAGGAUGCUCAUGAACAGGCUAGCAAAAGGGUUUUGAAUGUGUUGAAUGUGGAGACGGUGAACAGAAGAAUUGUUGAUAAGCCUAAUUGGGAAGUAGCCAAAUGCAGUGAACUUAAUUAUUUCUCAUUGGAGAGACCAAUUGUCAGCAUAAAGGGUCUAGACUGCUCAAAACGUGUAGACAAGAAAGGUGUGCCUGAUGGAGCAAAAUUGAGCAAGAAAAAGAAGAAAAUACAGCAUCGUAUAGCUCAAAAUGUAGAGCCUGAAUGCAGCUCAGAAGAUUCGAGCCCGGUAUCUGUUCUUGAUUUUGAUCAAUUCAUCAUUGAUCAUGAUGUUCCUACAUCAGAGGAAGAUUCAAAAGCCGAAAGGUCUAACACAAGAAGGAAAUUAUCACCAGACAUGGAAAAUUAUGGAUGCCAACCUCCUAGUAAUGAUAGUAAUGUGAUUGAAGAUGAUCCCGGGGUAAACAUUUUUGAAGGUAAAGAUUUGAAGCCUAGGAAAAAAGAUUGCCACAGUGAGAAAAACUUGGAAUGUUGGGAUGCAGUUUGCGGGAUGAUUGAAGCUGAAGUGGCUAAAUCAAGUUGGUUAUGCUCAAAGAAUGAAGACCUUGAAGAUGUUACUGCAGAUUUUGGAUCAAAAAUUUUAGACCAAUUGUUAGAUGAGCUUGUAGUUCAAUUGAAGAAUUUGAACUCGUAAAAGUACAGCAGUAA